CAACUGUAUUCUCUGGUGCGCCCCCACAUGGAAUAUUGUAUACAAGUAUGGAGCCCUCGUCAUCAGAAAGUAUUAUUAGAAAGUAUAUUUCUUUGUAUUUGGAGAAAGUUCAACACCGGUCAACAAAAAUCACUCCAUAACUAAGUCGACUUUCAUACCAGGAACGGGUGAGGGCCACUAGGCUAACAACAUUGCAAACCAGACAUAACAGAGCACAUCUUUUAAAAGCAAAUUAAAUACUGAGCAAUUAGGAGGAUAUUGAUCCAGACAACUUUUUCAAAAGGUCAGAUGUAAUACAUACAAGGGGGCAACACUUUCAAGCUCAACAAGUCACAAUGUAGGACAGAAAACAAGAGAUACUUUUGCACCCAUAGGGGUAUAAACCCAUGGAACCGCCUACCUGCCAAAACCUUACAUUCUUUUAGGGUUUUGACGGGUUAAUACUGCUGAAUUUCAAAACCAGUUUGAUAAAAUCAUCAGAACAAAUGAGGGACUAUAGACAAGCCGCUAGCUUCCUGUUCACGUCGAGGCCACUAGAGAAAUAGUUCGCCAGGUAAAUUCAGGAGAUUCUAAGAGUAGUGAGGACAUGGAUUCAGAAACGCCUCAAAGCAAGAAGAUCUCAGUGGUAGAUCUGGGUCAGCUGGGUCUGGGACGGGAGACGGAGCCCAGCCAGGAGGAGUGGCAGAGGGUGGCGCAGCAGCUGCAUCAAGCCUUCACCGAUAUCGGCUGCGCUUAUCUCACCAACCACGGUGUUCCCGACGACCAGGUGAGUCGUCUGCUGGUCUCAGGGGCCGACUUCUUCUCCCUGAACCGCACCAAGAAGGAUGAGUUCGCUCAUAAUCUGGAGACUAACUCAGGCUACAUCAGCCCGCAGACAGAGUCGAUCAACGACGAGGAACUCAAUGAGGGCUUCAUCGUUAAGACAGGCGAGGAGGACCUACCUGACAAAGAAGUACCGUCCUUCAGGCCGGCCUUGACCUCCCUUCUGGAGUACUACAAGGCGCUCUCCACCCGGGUCAUGAAGGCCGUGGCCCUGAGCCUCGGCAAGGAGAAGGAGUGGUUGGUCAGCAUGCACCAGGAGCUGGGCUCGAGGAACGGCCUGACAUGCCUACGUGUCAACCACUAUCCCGCUGUACCAGCCACCGUCGCCGAUGGAGCUGUACGUUUCGCCGCCCACUCUGACUUCGGCACCCUCACUUUCCUUUUCCAGGACGACGCUGGCGGCCUCCAGGUGCAGGACCGCCAGGGGGUGUGGCAAGACGCUGUCCCUGUGCCAGGCGCCGUCUUGGUCAUGGUGGGAGACUUCCUCAAGUUCAACUCUGACGACAAGUUCAUCGCCGCGGUGCAUCGAGUGGUGGUUCCUAAAAGCGACGAGCGGCGAACACCCGCUCGAAAUGCCAUCAUAUACUUCGUUAUCCCUGACGGCCACCUUCCCAUGGCGCCUGAGGGCUCCUCCUCCACCGUCAACCGCCUCGAAGUUCGUCAGUAUCUGUACCAGCAGCUGAACAACAUCUACAUCAAGAGAGAAUAGCAAUGAUAUCCACACCCAGAAAUAAUAACACUGACUUUCACACCCGGAUAUAGCUGUGCUAACUUCUACACUCAGACCAUUGACUUCUACACUCAAGAGAUAGAACCACUGACUUCUACACUCAAGAGAUAAUGGAACUGAUAGUAGCCGUCGCUCUAGGUAAAUCGGCUGAGGUCCACUUGAGAGGAGUAUAAUAUAAUUGGGAAGCGCUCAAUCGUUUCGUUCCCGAUGUAGAGAGUACAUUUAUCUAAGUUGCUGAGAAUGUGAUUUGAAAUGUAUUGUAAUAUAAUAAUUCUGAAUUGUA